CUGAUGUAAAUACGAUAUCAUUGUUUGAUGGAUGGGCCGAACUUUCCCCGCCAAAGUUAAACCUAGUUACUUGGUGUUUGAACUGCUGAGGCUGCAGAGCAGUUUUCAGAUUUCAAACAUGUUGGUGUUUUACUUAUUACCGGCGACGAUAUUCUUCAGUGUCGUGCACGCCCAAAAUUCGAACAUCGACGAGGAAGAAGCGAAAGCUAGAGAAUUCCUGGUCCAGCUUAACGAACAAACCGAGAAAGACCAAAACAGAGCGGCUUUGGCUAGUUGGGCGUAUUCUUCAAACAUCACAGACGAGAAUUUGAAUAACGAGUUGGCAGUAUCGGCUGAGGUAGCGAAGAAUAAAAAAGAAUCGUGGGAAAAACUAAUCCAAUACGACUGGUUGAAUUUUACGGACUAUGAUCUGAAGAGGCAAUUUCGAAAGUAUUCCGUCUUGGGCGUAUCCGCACUUUCUGAAGAUAAAUUUACGAGACGAAAUGAGAUCAUCGGGGAUAUGGAAGCUAUUUACGCCAAGGCGAAGAUUUGCCCCUUGGGAGAGAGCGAUAUCGAAAAAUGCACUUUGGCUUUAGAACCGGAGUUGACGAAUAUUUUAGCCAUUUCUCGGGACGCCGAAGAGUUAAAACAUGUGUGGCUGGAAUGGCGGAACGCCGUCGGUCCCAAAUGCCGCGACCUCUACGAAGAAUACGUGGACCUAUCGAACGAAGCGGCCGUUUUGAACAAUUUCAAAGACACCUCGGACUACUGGCUUGAGGACUACGAAGACGACAGCUUCAAGCAACAAGUGCAAGACUUGUGGGAGCAACUGAGACCCUUGUAUUUGGAGUUGCACGCUUACGUGCGAUUCAAUCUUAGGAAACUUUACGGCGAGGUAGUUUCGGAAAAUGGACCGAUACCCGCGCACCUUUUGGGAAACAUGUGGGCGCAGACCUGGGAAAAUAUCGCCGACACCAUGCUCCCUUAUCCGAACGUCAAUGACGUAGAUAUCACCGCUGAGCUCGUGAACCAAAAUUAUACUGCCAUCAAAAUAUUCGAGACCGCCGAGAGUUUCUUUAAAUCUAUAAAUUUGACGGAAAUGCCUGCUUCAUUUUGGACAAAUUCUAUUCUGGAAAGGCCGAGCGAUAGGGAUCUGGUAUGCCACGCGUCAGCUUGGGAUUUCUCCGAUGGUGGAGACUUCAGAAUCAAACAGUGCACCGAAAUCACCAGCGCUCACUUCACCACAGCUCACCAUGAGAUGGGUCACAUUGAGUACUACCUUCAGUACAAAGACCAGCCCAUUACAUACCGCGGUGGAGCCAAUGACGGAUUCCACGAAGCAGUUGGAGAUUUGAUAGCUCUGUCGGUUCAAUCGAGCAAACACUUGAGGAAGAUCGGAUUGCUUCCAAGCGGAACCGACGACCCCAAUCAAGUGUUGAACAGUUUAUUCAAAAUCGGUAUGAGUAAAAUCGCUUUUCUGCCGUUCGGUUACCUGAUGGACCUCUGGAGAUGGGACGUGUUUUCCGGCAAAACUCAACCGGAGAACUACAAUUGUAGGUGGUGGGAGUUGCGCGAGGAAUACCAGGGUAUCGAACCUCCUCAAACUAGAUCGGAAGAUGACUUCGACCCGGCGGCUAAGUAUCACAUCGUUGCCGACGUUCCUUAUCUCAGAUACUUUAUCAGCUUCGUAAUCCAGUUCCAGUUUCACAGGGCGUUGUGCGAGAAGGCGGGCGAAUACGAGCCGAACAAUGCCGAGAAACCUCUCCACGAAUGCGACAUCUACGAAAACACCAACGCGGGAAACGUUUUGAAGCAAAUGCUGGCGAUGGGCUCUUCGAGACCGUGGCCAGACGCGAUGGAAGUCAUCACCGGCCAAAGAAAAAUGGACGCCAGCGGAAUACUCGAUUACUUUAAACCGUUGCAGGACUGGCUCGCGACGGAAAACGCGAAAAAUAAUGUAACCACCGGAUGGGAAUCUUCCAAAAUGGGUCAGUAUAUGACGCAAACGCGAUUUGCGUUUUCAGACAUGUUAGGCUACGUGUGCGUUUUCGUGGCAUUGUUUUGUGCGAUUUGCGCGAAAGAUUCGAGAAUCGAAGAGGAAGAACUGGAAGCGAGAAAUUUCCUGCUCCUUCUCAACGAGCAAACCGAAAAAGAUGACAACCGAUUGGCUCUGGCGAGUUGGUCCUACGCUUCAAAUUUAACGGACGAAAAUCUGAAGAAUCAAUUAGCGGUGGCGGCGGAUGUGGCCAAAAAGGAGAAAGACGCCUGGCAAAAAGUGAUCCAGUACGACUGGACGAGAUUCUCCGAUCCCAUCAUGAGGAGGCAGUUAUUAAAGUAUUCGGUUUUGGGCGUCUCGGCCCUUCCCGAAGAUAAAUUUAAACGUUUGAACCAGAUCAUCAGCGAUAUGGAGGCGAUCUAUUCCAAAGCGAAGAUCUGCCCCAGGGGGGUGCAGGAUCAGAAAGAAUGCAAAUUAGGACUUGAACCAGAACUGACGACCAUAUUAGAGAACUCCAGAGAUCCGGAGGAGCUAAAACAUGUGUGGUUGGAAUGGAGGAGAGCAGUGGGUCCCAAAUGUCGGACCCUCUACAAGGAAUACGUCGCGCUGUCCAACGAAGCCGCUCGCUUGAACAAUUUUACCGACACCUCGCAUUAUUGGCUGCACGACUACGAAGAUCCCAAUUUUAGGCAGCAGGUUCAAGAGCUCUGGGAACAGAUGAGGCCGCUCUACUUGCAGAUUCACGCCUACGUGCGUUUCAAACUCAGACAAAAAUACGGCGACAUCGUAACGGAGAAUGGUCCGAUUCCAGCCCAUCUCUUGGGCAACAUGUGGGCUCAGUCUUGGUCGAACGUGGCGGAGCUGAUGCUGCCCCAUCCAGACGUAAAAGAUGAGGAUUUGACGCAAGAGCUUGUUAACCAGAAUUACACGGCCAUUAAAAUAUUCCAAACCGCGGAGAAUUUCUUCAGGUCGAUAAAUCUGACUGAAAUGCCCCCAACGUUUUGGGAGAAUUCGAUUUUUGAAAAACCGGACGAUAGAGAGAUCGUCUGCCACGCGUCCGCCUGGGAUUUUUACGACAAAAAAGAUUUUAGAAUUAAACAGUGCACGAAAAUAACGGGAGAACAUUUCAUCACGGUCCACCACGAGAUGGGCCACAUCGAGUAUUUCAUUCAGUACAAGGACCAACCUAUAAAGUUCAGAGCGGGGGCUAACGAUGGUUUUCACGAAGCUAUCGGCGACUUAAUUUCCCUCUCGGUUCAGUCCACCAAACAUCUCAGGAAAAUUGGACUUCUCCACACAGAGAAAGACGAUCCCAAACAAGUGUUGAACAACUUAUUCAGAACGGGCCUGAGCAAAAUCACAUUCCUGCCGUUUGGAUAUUUAAUGGAUCUCUGGCGGUGGGACGUUUUCUCUGGCAAAACCAAGUCGGACGACUACAAUUGCAAAUGGUGGGAGCUUCGCGAGAAGUACCAAGGUAUUGAACCUCCCCAGGAUCGAUCGGAAGAUGAUUUUGAUCCUGCAGCCAAGUACCAUAUCAUCGCUGACGUACCAUAUCUCAGGUACUUUAUCAGUUUCGUGAUUCAGUUCCAGUUCCACAGAGCUUUGUGCGAGAAGGCCGGCCAAUAUGAGAAAAAUAACCCGGAAACGCCACUUCACGAAUGCGACAUUUACGGAAACGAAAACGCUGGAAAUGCGCUUAAGCAAAUGUUGUCGAUGGGGUCGUCAAAACCGUGGCCCGAUGCCAUGGAAGUGAUCACCGGUCAACGGUCCAUGGACGCUAGCGGCCUCUUGGAGUAUUUCAAACCUCUGCAAGAGUGGCUCGAGGAGGAGAACGCACGGAACAAUGUAACCGUGGGCUGGGAACCAUCUAAAAGGGUAUGCGUCAGAACUCGACAAGAACUCGAGGCCAAAAAGGAUGAAAAUGUUUAACUUCAGUUUUCCUCAAUAUUAUUUUUAAUAUUUGUAGGUGUAUACAUUAAAUAUAUACAUAUAUUUAUUUCCUCAUAGUUUCUGGAUUAUUCCU